GCGCGGUUGUCGUCGGGGGUGGUGGCAGCAAAGCGGGUGGCAACGGUGGUAGCAGCGAGGACGGCAGCCUUAACAGCAGUGGCGGCAGCACGGAACCUGGGACAGGGGGAAUGAGGCGGCUGCAGCGGGUUAGCAGCGGAGCCUUGUAGAGGAAAAGCGGAUCCUUCUCCCUGCUUCUCUUUACCGAGCCGGGAGCGCGCGCGAGUACGCGCGCGCACACAGCCGUCAGGAGCGGGCUCCUCACCCUCUACUCCCGCGACCCGCACCGCACUCCCACCGGACCUGGAGGAUGAUGAAGCUCAAGUCGAACCAGACCCGCACCUAUGAUGGCGAUGGCUACAAGAAGCGGGCCGCGUGCCUGUGUUUCCGCAGCGAGAGCGAGGAAGAGGUGCUACUCGUGAGCAGCAGUCGCCAUCCAGACCGAUGGAUUGUCCCUGGAGGAGGCAUGGAGCCUGAAGAGGAGCCGAGUGUGGCAGCAGUUCGUGAAGUCUGUGAGGAGGCUGGAGUAAAAGGGACAUUGGGAAGAUUAGUCGGAAUUUUUGAGAACCAGGAGAGGAAGCACAGAACGUAUGUCUACGUGCUCAUUGUCACAGAGGUGCUGGAGGACUGGGAAGACUCAGUUAACAUCGGAAGGAAGAGGGAGUGGUUUAAGAUAGAAGAUGCCAUCAAAAUGCUGCAGUACCACAAACCCGUGCAAGCGUCGUAUUUUGAGACAUUGAGGCAAGGCUACUCCGCCAACAACGGCACCCCAGUUGUGGCCACCACCUACUCGGUUUCUGCCCAGAGCUCCACAUCGGACAUCAGAUGACUGAAGACCUAGAAGAGGAUGGAAAUUGGAAACUAGACUGAAGUGCAGACCUGACCUUCCCUCUCACCUUCGCUCUUCUCACCCCUUUUCACAAGCCUCCUCUCCCAGAUAAGGCAUGAUGGCAGCAGAGAAAGUGUUCAUUGAAAGUGUUGCGGUUUGGUGUUACAGGAUGGGGCUUUUCUUCUCUUUUAUUGAGGGGGUUGUAAUUUGCAAGUACUUUUGUGCAUGAUCUGUCCCUACCUGGUCACACUCCUUCCUACGUUCUCUAAAAAGAAGCAAACAGCCUUCCUCUACCUUGGAUUCUGAAGUAUUCCUGUCUGUCUCAUUCUAGCCCUGGCCAGGCUUUUUUCUUUGAUUUUUAAUUUUUUUAAAUUAAAAGAUACCAAUAUGAGAUGAAACCUUUCAAGAAUCUGCUCUAUAAUGUGCUGUUCAGUCCACUAGGUUGGUUCCUUUCACUACAGGAUACACUUGGAUACAUUUAUCUACACAUUAUAUACUGGGCAUAUAAUAUGUAAAUAAAUGACUUUUAGAAGAGGAAUUUAACUGUUUAAAUGUUUCAGGGUUUUGUUUGGUUUCUUAAAUUCAAGGCCUUUCCAAAACGGAAAGCCUUUCCAAAACGGAAAGCCUCACCAUUCACGCUGUCCUUUUGACGCUCUCUUUGACGCCUGUGGCUCACCCAGUCCCUGGCCUUGCUCUUUCCCAGUCAUGACUGUGGUCGAGUGGGGGUGGGGAGAGGGCACGCCCACCAUCAGGGCGUCCAGGACUCGCGGCUCCCCCUCCAGCAGCUGCGUUUCCACACCAGGAAAAAUCCAGGAAGACAGCUGUUUUCUUUGUUAUUGCCAAGCCAGGAGCAAAUGGCCUCAGCCCAGAUCUGGAGAAACAGUGAUAGAGAUUGAAUUCUUCCCUACAUGUUGACAAUAGGGGUUGGAACUGGGUUUGGGUUUGGAUUUUUUUUUGUAAUACUGCUUACAGCCGACAGCACGCGCUCUCCUAGUGCAUACCUGCCUUACAGCCGCCUGAACUCAUACUGUCUCUGUGCACGGAAGUGGCCGCCUGGCCUCGGCAGUGCAGCUGUGCCGCCCUGUCCCCACUGUGGGGAACCAUGUUAGGUUCCUGAAAAGUACCUGGGAGGAAAAUCCAAGUGUUUGCUUGUCUUUGUGAUGUUGCAGCGCUGGUUAGUGCGCUAUGAGCCUGCUCAGAGGUUCUGACUGUGCCGCCUACUUCGGUGUGGAAGGCCUCCCUUCUGCAGAGCAGUGGUGCUGUGGGGGUGCUUGAUCGUGUGCUGGGAUCCGCGGAUGGCGGGCGCUGGGCUCGCUGCAGGCUGUCUCCUUGGGUGUCAUUCGCCACUUGUGUUGUUUAGUUGGGAAGUAAGGGUCUUCGAGUUGGUGAGGUGGGACAUUGAUCAGUCCCUGGCUUGGGACAGGAGCUUGUCACUAUAUUCUUAGUGGCUUCUCCUUUGUCAAAACAGCCAAGAUGUGAAAUUACAAUUGUAGUUCUCAUUAUUUAAAAAUUCUCAUAAAUACUCAAGCUUUGAAAAGCUUUUACUCUUCCUUCGCACUAAUAGAAUGUGCAUAUCUGGUCGGUCUGUGUCAUUUAGUUUCCGGCUUUCAGGGGGAUAGCCAUUGGUGGAUGUAAAUUUUGCUGUGCUCUCGGUUGCAUCUUGUCCUCCAAUCUUAAACACAGAACCAAAGGCAGCACCACUAGUUCCCUUAGGGCACGGUCCUGCCCCUGGGGAAGAAAUUCUUUCCCCAAGUCAGGGUCCCAUUGGAUAGAAACCACACCGUGGAAUUUGAGUCUAAAUGCCAACUCACUUCACGUGUCCUACUUAAAAUCACACACACUGCUGCUGUUGUCUGUUCACAGCAUCUAAUGUUCUGCUCAAAUACAUACAGGGGGAAUUAAAUAAGACCAACUAGGCACUAAGUGGAAUCCCAAAAGCACAUUCCCCCAAAUGCAUUCUGUCUUUGUGAUGUGGCUUGAAGGUGCUUCGCAGAAGAAGUCAUACUCCUGGAAGGGUGCCGCGGCGUCCGAGGUGAUUGCGCAUCUUUUACCGGUCAGAGGGUGUCUGUACGGAGCUGGUGGGACAACAUACGAGCCUGCCAAGUCCAGUCUGGGUUGUUGUUGGUGUCUUCGGGUCAGGAAAGGGAGCAGUGCCAAGAAGCAUUUCUCCCUAACAUGAACAGGUCCUGUUAACGCAGUUAACUGAGCAGGUUCUGCUGGUGCUUUGCUGACCAGCCACAGGAGGCCCCAGCCGGCGGAGGUUUCAGUUGCACUGGGACUCUGGGGGGGGGGGGGGGGGGGUGUCAGUAUUCUUCCCUCCCCGGCACCAUCAGCGCCGGGGCUGCCUCACUGCUGUGUAGUCGCCGCCCUUCUGUGCUUCCAGCUAACUUUAUGUCUCCCCAGAGAACGGAAAAACAAAGCACAACAAUCACCCUGCUUGCAAAGUAAUUUUAUUGACACCAAUUUGCCAUUAGCUUUAUAAGGACUCACCUGGUUCAGCUCGAAAGAAACAGGUUUCUGUGUUCAGGACAGAUAUCAAGUCUCUUUCUCACAGUGAAUUUGCAUCUUCUAGGUUCCGGUUAUCACUGGAGUGUCCAUCAGAGUCUGCCAUCCUCAGGAUAGAGAAAGAUAGCAAUGGAUUUUUUUAGUUAAAAUUUGUUUUUAGUUUAUAAAUUGUAGCCACUGGGGAAACAUAAGUGAGGUCAUGCCAUCUUUUUGGAAUAGGACUGGGGGGGGGGAGGAAAGAGGGAGGGGGGAAGGAGGAGGGUCAGGCACUGCCCCCAGGAGCAGCUGUGUUAGGGUUUGUAGCCUUCCCAAACAGUGCAGCCCAUGAAACAGGAGUCUCGGUUUUUCUCAUAAGCAAACAGAACAGAAUGGACAUGUUAAGAAUUGACUGUGCUUUGUUUUGACAAGUAUCUGCUGCCCUAUCUGCCCUGCGUGGAGAUGGCUCCCUAACGGCUUAGUCUGAGCUGAGGCCAUCUGGAGGGAUCAAAGGGUGAGGGGUCGGCAUCCCCUCUGAGGCUGUGGCUGCACUUCCGGUUCACCCUCCGCAUCAUGUGGCGAGGCGCCGCAGCAAGUGCAGCAGUUAGGGCCUCCCUCCUGGCAGCCUCUGGGGAGAGGGGAGACUGCCCUCAGAGUGUUUUGCAGCCCUUUUGUAAGUGUGUUGCCACAUAGUCAGGUUCCUCUGUGGCAAAAAAUAUUUUCUGUUUUGAUGUUAGGAGUCAGCGCAUGUGAAUUCUCCUAGACUUGCUUAGAAGAAAAAGUUCUGCACAGGACUGUCUUCCUUCUUGCCCUUCUCCUUUCUCUUUUCCACACACAAUGCUCAUAGAGGCUCCUGCACCUCCGUAACAGAGGGCUGCUCGGUCUCCUGUGGGACCCUGGUGUGCGUUUCACACACAGUACUUUUCGUAUUCACCGUUUCCACUUAGUGCUGUAUUAACACCUCUGUUGGUGUCCCCACCUGACCUUUUUUUAAAAACAGCCUGAGCCACAUUUUUUUUAGUUUACAGAAAGGACUUAAUAAUCACAAUGUGAUUUUUGCCACAGCUGUAAUUUUUAGUAUUUCUGAAGUGUUCUGUAAGCCUGUGCUAGUUGAGAACAGGUUUAGAAUUAAAAGAAAUUCCUGGAGAAGUUAUUACAGUGGGAUGAAUUUUUGCUUAAAGAGAGCUAUAAUUGACAAUAUAGCUUCAUCUUGGUCCCAUCUGCAUUUCAGAAAACAACCCACAUUUUUACCAAAAAAAAAAAGAGAGAGAGAGAGCUGUGCAGGACAGCUAAGUCAGCAGUUCCAGGGCGAGGAGAUUAUUCAGUAGUGAUUGAACAGUACAAAUGCUUUUCUGGUUCUUACUCCUGAAGAUAAGAGGUCAGACCUGAGGCUGUGCAGGUCACACGCCCUGUGGAGGCAGCAGGCAUUUCUUGGGAGCCCCGCCGGGGUGCAACCUCCUUCCCCAGGGCUGUGGGGGCUGCUGCUGUGCAGCUGGCCUGCUGGUGGCCUCCCUCUCUGCAUGGGGACUUCACCUCACUGGGAGCAGGGGGAAAUCAGCAGGCAUCUGCCUUGCUGGAGAGCCAUGCAGCACGGACCUCUCACCCUCAGAAAGAGCUGUGUUCUCCACACCCCAUUUGAUGUCGGCUAAGACAGUGAGACAUUUGAGAUUGUCAGGUAAAUUUUAAAUUGGGAAACACCAGCUUCGAUCCAUAGAAGAUACUGCUGUCCAUGCAUCAGGCUGUCUCAGGUCACUGCGGGUCCUGGGGACCCGGGGAUUUCAGGGACACUUCUUUCCACUCCUGCGUUCACAUUUUGACUGUGUCCUGCGUUAGCUGACAGCCUUCCAGGGAUGUGAGAGGCCUAAUCAGGGCAUCUGGGAAAAUGAUACCUCUCACCUUUAGAUUAAUCAAAUAAUCUGGCCUCUAAGUCCCCUUAAAUAUUAAUAAAAGGGAAGGAAAGAAUCCCAUUUGGUGUGGAUUUGGACUGGAUCCUGGAGCUGAGGCUAGUCACGAUUUUGUGUAUCUCUGCAAUGUGAAGUUUUCUAAAUAAAAAGGCAUGUCUCUUAAAGCUUUGUUCAUCGUAAUGAUUUGGUGAGCUAAUGCUUGUCUUAGAAAAUGAGGCUGUCUGCAGCAAGGGAGCUCAAAGGGAAACCAGUUAACUCAGAGUCCAGCACACCAGGGGGGACUCCAAAGAAGAAAGUAAGGCUGCUCUGUGAAAGGUGGAGGGCCACCGCUUCUGUUCCUCCAUCAGUCCAGUUUAAUUCCUCACUCUAGGUUUCCUUCGGUUUACAUUUCUGGUUAUAAACCUGGAACAGGGACCUCCAAAACACCAAAAGAGGCAUUUAAAACCCUAGAGAUUGGCUUUAAAAGGUACAGAAACUGCAGCCUUGUCAUUCUCCAGCUGUAUCACCCCUGUGGCAGUCAGUGCAGAUGUCAAGAUUUCAUUAAUCAUUGAGCUGAGGAACAUAAACCUGGUGCUGAUACAGUUACCUACUAAAUUGCUUACCCUCUGUGGUCGUUGUCUAUGGGGUGUGCUUUUCAGAGAACAUCUUGACGGUACAAUAAAAUCACUCUUCUGGGAAUGAGGUCCCAUUUAGAUCAAAAUCUUAACUCUUUGGAACUCCCUAGGAAAAAGCAAGAUGCCUCAAUCCCAGGGCUGGGCCUUGAGGCUGUGCUGGCCCUCUGUCGUGCGGUGUGCAGUGGCUUACCGGCAGGAAAUUCGCUUUUCCAAUGAGGUUGCCUGUAAACCCUACAGAAGUAAUACUGAUAGGAGCCUAUCUUUCUGAGCACUUCUGUGCUGAAUUGACAAGUUCACCUAAAGCUGUAUGUAACAGAGCCCUGUAGCCUCCCUGUGUCUUAUCCUGAAAAGAAAAGCUUUUCAGGCUCACUGAUAAAAUGACCAGGAAGGACCUCUAGCUUUAGUUACAUGAUUCCAGCAGCAUAACAGAUAUGACUGUGCCAAGAAGGUCGGGACUCAUUAUGGAGACACCCGGCAACCAGGAGGGUGGGUCUGCCCCUCAGAGAGCCUCCACCCCGGGCAUAUCUGAAGUUAUGUCUUGGCAAGCUUCCAGACCCUGAAGGGAGGGGAGGACUUCGAGCCGAGCGGGCCUGGGCUGUUCCUCCCAAGGUCAGGAAGGAGUUCCAAAGGAAACAGCAGGCAUCGAAGCUGCGGCACAGACGCAGCCUCCCUGUUCCCCUUCCCUCAUGGCUGUGAGCAGUUGCCCAGAACCCCAAAGGGAUCCGCCCCCAAAUCCAGUCAGCCUCAGGUGCUUAUUUUAGCCCGAGAACCUCACAUUUUCCCUUCCACCCAUGGAUGGACAUCCAGGAGUGUGUUGCUCAGGGCACAGUACGUGACUGAGUCCAGGGCCCAGUGCCAUAGCGUUGCAUUUAGUAGUUAAACAGUUAACUCUGUUGUAAAAGAAAUACAGAGUCUGUAGCUCAGUUUUGUAAAUGUCAGGCCUGUCUUUAUUAUUUCAUGGUUUGAAAAUCUUUCAAACUGGUUUCUAAUCAAAAGUUUGGUGGCUAAGUAAAAUUUUAGUCAGCAACAAUACAUCUAUCUUAAGAAAGAUAGCCACCAGUUCGUCGUUUGUUUAGGGGAGCUAGGAGCAUUCAAGGACGUCGGGAGCCGUUGUAAAGCCAAUGUCUCUGGCUGCCCAGGUGCGUUAUUCCACAGAGGAGGUGGAAGCCCGCUAGUAGCAUCACAGCACUUGCUCUUGCCAGCCCAGCUUUAUCUUAGGGACUGGUCUCCCAUCCCACCCACUGAACUUGGUAGGUAGGGAAAGGGCUCCAAGGAGCAGGCGAGUCCUGCCCUGUCGGCUCAGCUGCAGAGUGUGGUCUUCAAGCAGCACAAGGCUUAUUCAAGGUGUUUCCUCACUGCAGUCACUUUACUCACCAUCAGCAUCAGAAAGGUUAAACUCCCUGGGAGCUUUCCAGUUCUCAAACAGACGAACUAGACGUGCUUCCUCCUGUGGGCAAGCGUGUUGCUCAGAUGCAGUCUCCCCUUGGCCAAGUUCAAAAGGUAUUUCCAGGGAACCCUUUGGAUUCAAGCAGAGUAGCCAAGAUGUACUCUUCAGUUUCACUUUUUCCGAAGGACAGAAGUCUUUGUCCCUUUCCUCUGGUGCUCAUCCAUUUUAGCAGAGGCUCAAAUGGCCAAGCCUAGUAAUAUCUCCAGAACAGAGAACCAGGGACCCAUGCACCCAGGGACCAGUGCCCUGGGGAUCAUAGAGGCUCAGUCUAGACUGUUCUGAUGCCACCAGAGCUCUGCUGCUGUCCCCUUCUCUCACGACCACUCAGAAAAGCAAGCAGCCUUCCAUCAUGAGGUCACUUAGCCCCUUGACCAUUCUACAGAGUGAGUGUACGGAUUGCCAGUUCAGGCGGUGUGCAUGUUCCUAGUAGGAUAGAAAGUGGACCCGCCAGCAGGCUGAGCACUCACAUGGUUGGAGAGAUCGGCAGAAAUAACCCCAAUGGGCUAAACAACUGGGGAAUCCAAGGAAUGGCGCCCAUAUAGGAGGCGGGGUUGGUUAUGGUCUUUAACCUCCUGGGGCCUAGUGCUGCGCAAUGGAACGGGUUUGGCAUCACACUUGCCCAAAUCCAAGUGCACCCCAGGACUCGUUCCAACCCAUGGGUGUAUGGCCUUGUUUGCCAUUUCCUUUGUUUCCAAUUUUCCUCAGUUUUGCAUGGAAAAAUCAGACUUUCCUUCCCUUCCUGCCCACUUGGGCUCCCUGCCCAGACCCGGCCUCUUUACCAGACUCCUAAGGAAGACCUUCGCUGUGGCCGUGGGAGCUGAGGGGAGUGGAAUUUGGUCCAGAGGAAGAGGACAGAAACUGAGUCUUCCUGUUUCCUUUUCUCAGGGAAGGUGUUCUCAGGCCUCCUUCACACCUUUCCCAUGAGAACAGAUGGCUUGCAGAGGAGGGCUCAGAAGAAAGGGGACCUGGGUCCAGCCCCCAGGUCUGGGUGCAAGACAGGCGCACCGUGGGAAGAAGUCCCACUUCCCCUUUUCAGCAACAGGCCAGCCGCAUGUAGCGGUUCCCCUCUCUACUCCAGCGUCUGCUUCUGUGGUGCUGGCAACGGGGCACACAGACCCUCCCCAGGAGAGCUCUGGUAGCACCCCUAAAAGUCCACCACCCCGCAUCCCACACCUUUUUGUACAAAUGCUUAAACCUGUGAGUGUGCUAUUCCUUUGUGUUCAUCAGUUUCUUUCUAUUUGAGCUGUGUAGGAGGGAAGGGCGUCAGAAUUGUAGGAUGUAAUCUUGUGCCAGCCAAUAAAAACCAGUAUUUCACACACA